CAAAAGUGCCACCUGGUACAAAGUUCCAACGACUCAACCCGCCUCACCUCUUCAAAAAUGUCGUCAUUUUUGUUCAUUAAGCACCUUCGCCGUCUCUCUCUUUGAUUACAAGAACAUCACUACAAGCCCCGGACUGAUCAAUCGUGCCCACUUUGCUCAGAAUAAGAGCAUAUCGUCAUACCAUCUCUCACUAUAUAGAGAUUCGUGCGUCUUAAUUCCCGAAAGCUCCACACCCAUGUCAGUCAUUGAGGAUCUAUUGCCAUUGCUUUGCUUUCAGCUAAUCAGAGAGAAGGCUCGAAUUUUCUCAGGCUAUAUUUUUCAUUUUCUCACCAGCCAAACAGUCUGCUUAGGUAACGUUGUCAUCUUUUUAAAUUAUAAUGCUCGGUAGUUCUUUUUAAAUCUGGAUUCCUUUGAUUUUGAUUGUGCAAAAAGACUUUUUUUGCAGAACCUUUCUCAAUCCAUGUCCACCACCACUUGCCUUGGCUACAAUGCCAAGCUAGAUACAUGCCGAGAUAACUCAGUUGCACUCAUUUUUAAAAUAGUGGCCAUUGGUGCUAUACUCGUAGCCGGAGUGUGUGGCAUCGCCAUCCCACUAGUUGGCAAGAAACGUAAUUUCCUCCGAACAGACUCAAACAUCUUUGUUGCUGCCAAAGCCUUUGCAGCGGGCGUCAUACUGGCUACAGGAUUCGUUCACAUGUUACCACAUGCCACAUCGUCUCUCACUGACUCGUGUUUGACUGUCCCCUGGUCCAAAUUCCCAUUUUCCGGUUUCAUUGCUAUGAUGGCUGCAUUGGCUACAUUGAUGAUUGACUUUGUAGCUACUCAGUACUAUGAGAGAAAACAUGAUACACAGAAUCAAAUUGCCCGAGUUGACACAUUGGACUCAGCAUUGGAGUCGGGCAUUGUUCCUGUGAUGGAGCCAAACGAGAGGAAUGAGACAAUGUUUGGGGAAGAAGAAGGUGGUGCAAUGCAUAUUGUGGGUAUGCAUGCGCAUGCAGCGCAUCAUAGACAUAGCCACCCGAAUGAGCAGGGGGCAUGUGCGAGGCACGUGAGAGAGGAUUCCCACGGGCACUCGCACUCACACUCGCACGGGUUUGGGGGUGGCGACGAGGAGGGUGGUGUGAGGCAUGUUGUUGUUUCACAGGUUUUGGAACUUGGAAUCGUCUCACACUCGGUCAUCAUUGGACUUUCACUAGGAGUUUCGCAGAGCCCAUGUACCAUAAGACCCUUGAUUGCAGCAUUAUCGUUCCAUCAAUUCUUCGAAGGGUUUGCACUUGGAGGUUGCAUCUCCCAGGCCCAAUUCGGGACCCUACAUGCCACGAUAAUGGCAUGUUUUUUUGCUGUUACCGCUCCAGUUGGUAUCGCCAUUGGGAUUGGCAUUUCUUCAUUUUACAACCCAAAUAGCCCGAGAGCGUUAGUUAUCGAAGGCGUCUUCGACUCUGUAUCUGCUGGUAUUCUAGUCUACAUGGCUUUGGUGGAUCUAAUUGCUGCUGAUUUCAUGAGUAAGAGAAUGAGCUGCAAUGUGAGGCUUCAAGUAGUCUCUUAUAUCACGCUGUUCCUUGGGGCUGGAUUGAUGUCUUCUCUUGCAGUCUGGGUUUGA